UGUUGCAUAACGUGAUGAAAACAUAACCUAUAUUUAAAAUUAUGGGUGAAAAGUUAGCGGAGGUAAACAAUGUUUUGGUUGUAAAUGAUGUGCAAAAGAAUGACAAUUUCCGUACGAAAGCGGGUAUCUUCUUGGCCGGGGUGGCUGGGAUGUCCGUGAUCUUCGGAUUUGGAGCCACCGUUGCUUCCGCUAAAAAAUCCGAUCCAAGGUACUUUGAUAAAGGACUAACUCGGAGUAUUGAACUAGGCGAAAGUGGAGCCAAUCUUGCAGCCAGAGCUCUGGGCUGGGGUACUCUGUAUGCAUUUACUGGCUGUGGUGUUUUGUUCUACACAAUUUGGAAGUUCUCUGGAGCAUCAAAUAUGCAAGAGUUUAGACAGAAGAUGGGUUCACUGCUGCCAGUUGUUCCGAAGAACAAUCCUCCUCAAAGCCGAACAGAAUUCUCUGGGAUGAAUGAUUUGUUGGAAUACCUCCAAACAAUGAAGAGCAAGAAGGAUAGUUGAAUAAUUUAUGAAACAAUAUAAAAAAAUUAAACAAAGAUUAGAUUAAAAUUUAAAAGGAAAAUCACUCUUUUU